AUGGAGGAGGGUGAUAAAAUAUUGGGGAAGUCUCGAUUCCCGGUGUUUAUGACGGGUUGGCGAAAGAAUGGUCUCAAUGUAGACGACCUGUUCCGGUGCUCCCGACACGACGAGUCACAACGGAUUGUCCAGGAGCUGGAAAAGCACUGGAAUAAUGAACGUCAAAAAAAGUCAUCCAAAUUCUGGAGGGCAUUAGUUAUGGCAUUCGGGAAAUACUAUAUACCGCCCCUCACUUUAUUAAUAUUGGGGGAAUGCAUUUGUCGUAUAUGUCAGCCCCUGCUACUAGGCAUAGUGAUAGACCAUUUUAACAAGGUCGAAAAUCGUACCUUUAAGCAAGCAUGCAUGGCCGCCGGGGGAUCGCUUAAACUGAGCCGGGCAUCUCUGGCCAAAACCACAGUGGGCCACAUUGUGAACCUAAUGUCUAAUGAUGUCAGUCGAUUUGAUGAGUUUUCAAUAUAUGUCUGCUAUUUACUCGUAUCGCCCAUACAGACAGGGAUCGCCGUAUAUAUCAUAUAUACGGAGAUCAGUUACUAUUGCUUCGUAGGUUUGGCCCUUUUAUUGCUGUUAAUACUGUUUCAGGCAUUUAUGGGCAAACUUUUCUCGAAAGUCAGGAAUGAGGUCCUUGGCAUACGGCGGGCCCUUUUUCUGAAUGCUUUCAAUUUGUCGGUAUAUUUGGCGGCCCCCCGGGUAAUACUGUUUGCAUGUUUUAUGGCAUACGUGUUAAACGGGAACCUAUUGACCGCAAAAGCGGUGUUCAUCACAAUGGCUCUGUUCAAUACCCUAAGGACUACUUUGAUGACACAGUUUCCCUAUGCCAUCGCCCAAUGGGCUGAACUCACGGUGUCGUGCUCUCGCAUCCAGACAUUCUUGGAAUUGGGGGAAAUGGAGCCUAAAACAUAUAACACUAAAGGUUUGGAUGAUUUAGCUGCUUUCCCCAAAACAAAUGCCAAACCAAAAGUUAUUGUCAAUAAUAUAUCCGCCAAAUGGAGUGAAGGCAGUCCUUAUGCAACCAUUCAAAACAUUUCAUUCAAUAUAAAACCUGGAGAUCUAUUAGCGGUGAUUGGACCGAGUUCACUAAUCAUGUCUAUACUUAAUGAGCUACCGGUGAACGAGGGAAGUAUACAAACAGUGGGCACCAUUAGCUAUGCCUCUCAGGAGGCCUGGAGUUUCAAUAAUAGCGUCAGAAAUAACAUACUGUUUGGGAGUGAAUACGAUGAGCACCGGUAUAGACGGGUAGUGCAUGUCUGUGCUCUGGAAAGGGAUCUCCAGAUAUUCCCCUUCGGAGACAAGACAUUAGUCGGAGAGAAAGGGGUCUCACUAUCGGGUGGACAGAAGGCUAGGAUCACUUUGGCCCGAGCUUUGUAUCGCAACUCAGAUAUCGUACUAAUGGACGACCCGUUGAGUGCUGUCGACACCUCUGUUGCCGAACAUAUAUUUGAUAAGUAA